AUGACUGAAAGAGUGGAUCCGUUGGCCUAUGGCCAUUAUUAUGAAGAGGGUGAACGGGGUAUUGUGGGAGACAGUGCUCGAGGCUUUAUCAAAGACACCUUCAAGAUACUGAAGGACAAUUUCCACAGCCACCAGGGCCAGCAAUCAGGCCAGCAACCAUACGAAAGUGGCAGCUAUUCGGCUCCUUCGCAACAGCAGUCUUAUGGUAGCCAAACGCAGCCUCCGAAUCCGCCGUACCAAGAACCCCAAUAUCAAGAAAAGCCCCCCAAAAAGGACAAGCUGUCCGGUCUCCUAGGCAAGAUCGAAGGAGCGGUCGCAGACAUUGGUUCAGAAGUUGUUCACCGUAUUUCCGAUGCCCUCGACCCCGAUGCCCAUUCUCAGCAAGCCGCAGCCAGGCCGAACAGCCAGAAUCGCUUUGGGAGCUUUGCACCACAGAGGGGGAACAACGAUGUGAAAUGGUACGUGGAUGGAUUCAAUUACAUGUACGCGGUUUCCAUAGCGCUGGAGAACGCUCGAGAGUCGAUCUGGAUCUUGGACUGGUGGCUCUCGCCAGAGCUCUAUCUCCGGCGACCACCGGCCAAGAACGAACAAUACCGUCUUGAUCGCAUGCUUCACGCUGCCGCUCAGCGGGGGGUGAAGGUCAAUAUCAUUGUCUACAAAGAGGUGACUCAGGCACUGACAUUGUCGUCGUCGCAUACCAAACAUCACCUAGAGAAUCUCCAUCCCAAUAUUGCAGUGUUCCGCCAUCCAGACCAUUUGCCUGAUACCGAAGAACUGAAGGCCUCGAUCACGGAUUCCUUGCAAAACCUGACCCUGGAUGCGGCCCACAUUUCCACACUCUCUAGUGACGCCCUCAAGGGAUUAUACGGUAUGAGCGAUGAGACGAUACUGUACUGGGCGCAUCACGAGAAGUUGUGCGUGGUCGAUGGCAAAAUCGCCUUCAUGGGAGGUCUGGAUCUUUGCUAUGGACGCUGGGACACCAACCAGCAUGCGAUCGCUGACGUGCAUCCGGGCGACCUCAAUGAGAUUGUGUUCCCAGGACAGGACUACAAUAACGCUCGGGUGCUCGACUUCCAGGAUGUCGUCCACUGGGAAAGGAAUCAGCUGGACCGCAAAGUCACCUCCCGCAUGGGGUGGUCUGACAUCUCCAUCUGCCUACGCGGUCCUGUGGUGGAGGAUUUGCGCAGGCACUUUGUGGAACGCUGGAAUUUCAUCUACGACACGAAGUAUUACUCGCGAAACGACCCCCGUUACUCUAGACUGGCCCUCCACGGGCGUCCAAGUUCUUCCGCCGGCCAGAUCCCUGGUAACGCUCCGCCCGGUUCCGAGCAGCACAAGCCCUCCCACCCCCAGCAGGCCCCUUACUACCCCCCGCCACCCGGAGCUCAAGGCCAACAAGCGUCGUCUGGCUCCCAGGGACAGUAUGGUUAUGGAAGCGGGCAGCAAUUCCCUCCACCACCUCCAGGGCCUCCGCCGCAGACGAGUUCCGGCGGCUAUCAGGCAUAUCAUCCAGAGCAAUAUGGUUCGACACACUCGCAGCAGACCCAAGUUCCGUAUUUCCCGCCUCCACCGACUCAGGAGUCUCACCACUCGCUGACGCGGGAGCUCUACGGGCAUGAUGGUGCUUACGAAGAGGGUGAUGGUGAACGAGGGCUAAGACCGGAGACUCAGCGUCUGAGGGAGGAUAUCUCCGGACUUGGCCAUACCCUUCGCAGUCAUGUGCAUCAUUAUCAAGACCGCUAUCUUGGUGGUCAUGGCCGUCACUCUCAACCAGUCGGAAAUACGUGGUGCCAGAUCGUGCGGAGCUGCUCCAAGUGGAGUCAUGGAGUCCCAACUGAACAUUCUAUUGCGGACGCCUAUGCAGCUGCCAUCCGGGACAGUCAGCACUUUGUCUACAUCGAGAACCAGUUCUUCAUCACGGCAACAUCCGACGAGCAGAAGCCUGUGAAGAACAAGAUUGGUGCUGCGAUCGUCGAACGGAUCCUGCGCGCUGCUCGAGCCGGCCAGAAGUAUAAGAUCAUAGUCGUGAUUCCCUCGGUUCCAGCCUUUGCCGGUGACCUGAGAGACGACUCUACGCUAGGCACUCGGGCAAUCAUGGAGUUCCAGUACAAAUCCAUCAACCGAGGCGGCCACAGUAUAAUGGAGCAGAUUGCAAAGGAAGGGUACAACCCGAUGGACUACAUCAGGUUCUAUAACCUGCGCAAUUAUGACCGGAUCAAUGUGAACAGGGCGAUGCUGCAAGCUGAAAAGGCCAGCGGCGUCGAUUACGAGGACGCUCGCAAGUAUCACGACGUUGCUGAGGUCGGGUACGGUGGCUACGGGCCGGGUGCUCCAAAGCCGGCAUUCGACACGACCGCUCCAUUCCAGCAAUACCAGCAGGCCGCGCAACGUUCCUCGACGAGCGGUCGGUGGGACAGCGUCAGUGAGUGCUACAUGCUCGGAGGAGAAGAUAUUCGCAAUGUUCCCUGGGACAGCGAUAUUCCUGAAAUUGACGCGUUUGUUAGCGAAGAGCUUUACGUCCACUCCAAGGUGCUCAUCGCGGACGACCGGCUUGUUAUCUGUGGAUCCGCCAAUCUGAACGACCGGUCGCAGCUAGGGUAUCAUGACUCGGAGAUUGCAGUCAUCAUUGAGGAUCCCACCCCCGUUGAAUCCGUGAUGGAUGGCAAACCGUGGACGGCAAGUCGAUUUGCCGUGUCGCUCCGUCGGCAGUUGUUCCGCAAGCACCUGGGUCUUCUGGAGCCGCAAGACUACCAGCGACGAACCGCCAACUGCGAGCCGGUUGGGGUCCCGAACGAGUACGACUUGAACUGUCCGGAAAGUCAGGUGGUGGCCGACCCGCUGUCAGACACAUUCCAGAGUCUCUGGAACACGCGGGCGCGGACCAACACCGAAGUCUUCCGCAAGGUCUUCCACGCGGUGCCGGACGACAACGUGCGGAACUGGGAAGCCUACAAGGAAUUCUACGAGUACUACUUCCACAAGGCGGACAAGGAGGCCGAGGGUAAAGGAAGCGACGGGGCCAAACCGAGGUACGAGUGGGGUCAUGUGGUUCGCGACGAGUUCUCGCCUGGACCGGAGGGGGUGCGGGAGGUGAAGGAGCUGCUCAGCAAGGUCAAGGGGACGCUGGUGGAGAUGCCUCUGAUGUUCCUGAUCGAGGAGGAUAUUGCCAAGACGGGAUUGACCUUGAACAGCUUGACGGAAGAGAUUUACACUUGA